ACCGGUCCAGCUGUCAGAUUCAGGAAACAUUUAUGUUCCCCAUGAACAGAAGUCUGUCUCCCGCAGAUUGAAACGCAGAGGCAGAUAUGGAAACAGUAGCUAGGCCUCGGAUACACAGGGGGAUGAUUUACUUCGGACAGGGGAGUGCUUAGGCUUUGGUUCCGGGGGGCGCGGGUUUCCGCAGGGAAGGGAAAGUAGGAACCAACAGACCGGUCGCCAAGAGCCACGUCUAGUGGGAGAGGCAGAAAGAGAAAGGAGAGAUAGAGGAGUGUUGCCUGAGCUUUUCCUGGUAGAUGGUAAACAUUGCAACUGCCUUCUGGAGUGUUCUUUUCAUUCUUGCCAUGUCCUAUGUACUUCAGGUCAGCUAUAAGGAAUUCUUAAAAGAAUUUGAUGCAAGUGCAUCAUUCUAAUGGAGAGGAAAAUAUUAUUGCAGGUCAUUCAGAAAACUCUUUAAUUUUAUGCAUUUGGCACCUAUAACAAUGGAACAACAAGCUUCCCCUCAGAUUCUCCUCUGUGAUGCUCUGAAUGGAGAAAGGACUACAGUUAGCACCUUUGAUGGGAAAACAGCAUCUAUUGCGGACGGGAUUCACGUGACUAGUAUUAAUUCAAGCCAUUCGCAUAAGGAAGUGGAUAAUGUAUUGAUAAGCAGCAAAGAUGAUGCAAGUUCAAAUGGACCUCCUCUACAUGGCACAGAGCCCAUCUCAUCUGUGGACUCCACCAACAAUGUCCCUAUCACUUCAGCAUCUCCAGGUGUGGCUGGUUUCAGUGACAACUUAAUGGAAUCUAGUGCUAAUGGCGUAGUUCUUAAGAAAGAAGCUUUGCAGUCUCUGAAGCUAAGCCUUCACAUGCAGGAAACAGAUUUGUGCUCUAGUGAGGCUCCCCUUCCACUGGAAAGAGAGGAGCAAAUACGACUUCAGGCCAGACGCCGCCUGGAGGAACAGCUGAAGCAAUACAGAGUAAAGCGCCAUCAGGAGAGAUCUAAUCAUAGUACGCCAAAAGGCCGACCCUCUAGCACUCUUGAUCCUGAACUAAUGUUUAACCCAGAGAAUCUACCACGAGCCAACACUGUUGCUAUGACAAAGGAAUAUACUUUCCUGCGCACAAAUGUUCCGCGAGGGCCAAAACUAGGUAGUCUGGGUCUUCCCUCAUCUUCCAAAGAGAAAAAGUCCUCUCGGUCUUCCAAGUCUUCUAGUAAGAUUCGCUCCCUGGCGGACUACCGGACAGAAGAAUCAGAAUACAAAAAUUCCAGCCCAGGCUACUCGGAUACAUCCUCGGGAUCCUUGAAACCCAGUAGGGGUAGCAUGACAUCAGUAGUGUCUGAAAUCAGCAUGGACAGUAGUGAGACAUUUGAUGGUUUGAGUGUUGCUGGAGACAAUAGCUCUGAGUUGGAUGGAAGUGAAAUAGGUAUAAGGCAAGAUGGGAAUGAGAGUGACAGCUCUACUUAUAGUAGUGCAUCUACUAACAGAGGUGCUUAUGCACAAGCAACAACUCUCAAGCAGGAAGCCAAUUACUCUGUAAAUGGGCAGGUUAUUGCUGCAGAGGAUGUUGGACAUUACCCUUCUCUUAGUGAAGUACUUCAAGCAGCAGCCACAGAGUGUAAUGCCCAAGAACAAGAAAUCAAUGGGGAACCCAGAAGCCGGAGGGACAGUAUUUCAAGCAGCAUAUCCAUGGAGAGCUCAAUUGCAGGAACUCAUGAUGAGCUACUGCAGGUUUUGAAGGAGAAGAUGAGACUAGAGGGACAACUUGAGUCAUUAACUUCAGAAGCUAGCCAGGCUCUAAAAGAAAAGACUGAAUUACAGGCCCAGCUGGCUGCAGUGAGCACUAAGCUCCAAGCAGAGUUGGAAAACCAAGAAGGAAGCCAGAAGAAACAGGAGUCUUUGAGCUCUGAAGUGUUCAACUUAAAGAAAUCUUGCUUGGAUUUGGAGAGGGCAAUGGCAGAUCUACAGAGCAGUUUAGAGGUCAAAAAUAGCAGUUUGGCUUCUUUGGGGAAUGACCUACAAGUGGCAGAAGAGCAAUACCAGCGACUUAUGGGCAAGGUAGAGGAGCUACAGAGGAUUAUCAUUCAGAAGGAUAAUGCUGUUCACGAUUUGCGUCAACAGACAGUCUCCCUACAGUAUCAGUUACAACAGGUACAACUUGACCGCUCAACUCUAACCAACAAACUUAAGGCUUCCAAGACAGAAAUUGCAUCCUUGCAACAGACACGUGAUUGGUACCAGCAGCAGCUAACGUUUGCCCAAGCGGCUAGAGUGAGACUGCAAAGUGAGAUGGCAAACAUACAGGCAGGGCAGAUGACCCAAGCUGGUGUUCUGGAGCACCUCAAAAUAGAAAACGUGACCCUUUCGCAUCAGCUAAAUGAAACACAGCACAGAUCUCUCAAGGAGAAGGAACGCAUUGCUACACAGCUUCAGAAUAUUGAGGCCGAUAUGCUGGAUCAGGAAGCUGCAUUUCACCAGAUACAAGAGGCAAAAAGCAUGGUAGAAGAAGACCUGCAAAAGAAACUGGAGGAGUUUGAAGAGGAGAAGGGACAGCUCCAAAAAUUAGCAGACUCUGCAGCUGCUCUGGAACUUGAGCUUGAGCAGGUGAAACUUAAUUUGCAUCAAAGAGACCUGCAGCUGGAAGAACUUCAGCAAGAGCACCUUAAAAUUUUAAAACAGUUGUCUCUGACUCAAGAGACCCUACACACCAAAGAUCAGUCUUUAAAGGAUUUACAAAUGCGUUACGAUGAGCUAGAAGGUAGGCUGUUGGAACUCCAAAGUGAUACGGCUUCCAAGGAUGACACCAUUGAGUACCUUCAGAACCAAAAGAUUGUCCUUGAAGUGGCCUUGCAGGCAGCAAAGAUGGAACAAGAGGGACUAGAUCAUGGAGUCAGGAACUUGCAAGAAGGAACUGAAGCUGCUGCAGAAGUAUUGGAAAAGCUACGUCAGGAACUUUCUAUCAAAUCCUGUCAGGUCGAAACUUUGGAAAAAGACAAUGCUACUAUCAAAAAACAAACACAGAAAGUGAAGGAGCAGCUUCUUCAGCAAAAAGUGAUGGUAGAAGCCUAUCGCAGAGAUGCUAGUUCCAAAGACCAACUUAUAAGUGAACUGAAGACCACAAAAAAGAAACUUGAUUCAGAGGUCAAGGAAUUAAGACAGAAGUUGCUGUGGCUUCAGGGUGAGAAGUCUACUGCAGAAGUAGAACAGGCACGUGUAAGAAAGGAGAUGUCUCAACUCCAACAACAGAUGGAAGAACUUGAAUCUAAUCUUCAAGCUGUACAGAAAGAGAGGGAUGAGAUGGAAAUUCGCUUACAGUCAUUACAGUUCGACAAGGAUCAGAUGGCCACACUGACUCAGGAUAAUGUUGCACUAAAGGAACAAGUAGAGUUGAUGCAAAAUGAGGCAAAAAAGGCUAUUACAGAACAAAAGCAACGAAUGAAGCGUAUUGGAUCAGAUCUGACCAGUGCACAGAAGGAGAUGAAAAUCAAACACAAAGCAUAUGAGAAUGCAGUUGGGAUACUGAGUCGUAGGCUGCAAGAAGCACUGACUGAAAAAGAAACAGCUGAGGCGGAGCUGAACAAGCUAAAAGCACAACUCUCAGAUGUAGAAAAUAACCAAGCCUUUCAGGCAAAGCUGCAAACUUUACAGAAUGAGUUACAGACUGUUAAUCAUAGUAAGGCCAUGCUGGAACGUGAAUUGCAGGAGGUCAUAUCCCUGACCAGCCAGGAACUUGAAGAAUACAGGGAAAAGGUCAUUGAGCUGGAAGAUGAGCUCCAGGAAGCACGUGGGUUUAGAAGGAAGAUUAAACGUUUGGAAGAGCUAAAUAAGAAACUGACUUUGGAGCUGGAACAUGAAAGAGGGAAGCUUGCAGGCCUCGGACAAUCUAAUGCUGCUCUACGAGAGCACAGCAAUAUCCUCGAAGCUGCUUUGGCGAAGAGAGAGUCCGAUUUGGUACAGCUAAAUCUCCAGGUACAAGCUGUCCUUAAGCGCAAAGAGGAGGAAGACCGGCAAAUGAAGGAACUUGUGCAGACUCUACAGGAUGCUCUGCAGAAAGAGAAAACUAAAGUUAGCAGUUUGACAGAACAGCUAGCAACAGCAAAGGCAGAAGCAGCACACAACCGAAGACACUACAGGGCAGCUGCACUGGAGCUGAGUGAGAUACAGAAGGAGCUACAAGCCAAAGAACAGCUCAUCCAGGCCCUACAGACUGAAGCUGUAAAGCUGCAAUCACAAGAUGAAAAAAAUACCCAGGAGCUAUCACACUUCCAGCAGGAGCUAGCAGAAGCUCAUUCUCAACUUCAGCUACUUCAGAAAGAAUUAGAUGAGAAUAUAAGUAAGAAGCCAGAAAUAAACCAAGAGGUUGAGGACCUCAAAUGGCAGGUGGAUCAGAAGGAGCAUGAAAUUAAUGCUAUUAGGCAGCAGUUGGAUAUGACUGAGCAGCGCAACCAAAAGGAGCUGGAAGGUGUUCAGACAUUGUUGCAGAACCUCAAACUUGAACUGGAAGCUGUGCGGGAUGACCUUACAGAUACACAAAAGGACAAGUUUAUGUUACAAGCAAAGGUGUCUGAAUUAAAGAACAGCAUGAAAACAUUAUUGCAGCAGAACCAACAGCUGAAACUCGAUCUACGACAGGGCCGGAUCAAGAAGAGGAAGGAGUUGAAAAGUGAUGUCACUUCUUCUAAUCCGGUGACUCCAGUAAAGAUACCAGACUGUCCAGUACCAGCGUCACUGUUAGAAGAAUUGCUGAAACCUUCAUCUGCAAACAGCAAAGAACCUAUUAAUAAUCUAAACAACUGUCUUCGUCAGCUCAAGCAGGAAAUGGACAGCCUCCAACGACAGAUGGAAGAACAUACUAUAACUGUGCAUGAAUCUAUGACUUCCUGGAACCAAAUUGAGGGUCAACUGCAGGAUCUCAGUAGUUCUGGUUCUCAAGCCAUUGUCAACUCUAGCCUCCAAUUAACUGACCAAAACCUUAAUAACUGUGAUCCAGGACCUGCAGAACAGUGACUGUACCCUUGAAUUGUGUCUUGAAGAUGCCUCUUAUUAUCUGGUCAGAAACUCCAUGCAGGUAGCUGGUUCUAAUUUUGAAGCUUGAAAUCUGGACUCGAAGCACAGUGCAAGACAUUUCCUCUCUAUACUGUUGGUUGUUGAGAAUAAAUUUGCUUCCAGAAUUAAUAUAUCCAAGUCAUGGUAUUAAAGGACAUGUAACCCUCACCCCACACAAAAAUGUAAUCAGUGAACAGCCUCUGAAAUCUUUAGAUAACUGCCACGCUUGUUGUUAAAGGAGAGCUCAACCCUUUAACAAAAAACCCUGUACCUCCCCCCUCCCCAUGUAGACCUCCUCCCCCCAGCCUAACUGCCCCCCCCCGGGGGUUUUAUUAAAGGGUUGAAUUCUCCUUUGAAAAGGUCACAGUAAGACUGCAGCAUCCCCCUAAUCACUUAGGAAUCCUUCUACUCAUCUAAUUCAUUCUGCCCCUUCCCUCAGGAAUUUACUUUGGCUGUUGACUUAUGAGCACGCUCAGUUCUUCUCAGCUCAGAUUACUAAACACACCCUCCAGUCUAACUACCAAUGAAGAGAUAGCAUUACUGGUUCCCAUAGAAACUCUAGUUGUCUGAUCCUAUUUUUUUCUCCUAACCAGCUCAGCUUAACCAUGACACUGCUCAGCCCAAGCAGAACGUUUUAUCUAAGUAUGUUGUGCCUGUGUAACCCUGCAUUUUGCAUUGCAUGAACUUUACAGCAUACAUGUCUGUUUGCAGAUAUCAGUGUUAUUGAUGAUGUGUCAGAGGGAAAAUGGCUGCCUGGUGAAAGCUGCUAUUUGUUUUAGGAAAAUUUGAUGGCGCUGGCAAAUGAAGGGGGUAUAUGCAGUACAAAUGAUGUGGCUUGGGUGGGGAAGAUAUGCCCAAUUUAUAUACAUGGUAGGAAAAUGUAGGCUUUACAUGUCCUUUAAAGACCGCCAGACUUCACCAACUAAAAUAGUUGAGCUUUACCCCAGAGUAUGCAAAAACACAGUCUGGGGUACUCAAAGAUUGUAUUAACCAUCAGUAAUAUCCCCAUCAAUUCCCUUUCUGCCUGACAUUUUAGAAGUUUCUUAAUGCUGCAAGGUUAAAAGGUGACCAGUUCAUACGUUUAAAAAAAAUGUAAACUGUUAUUAAAGUGGAAUGAAAAAAGAUUAUUAUAACAAAGAAAGGAUUUAACAACAGUGGCAAGACAGGAAAUACAUAUCCUGGAAAUAAAAUUUCAUUUAUGAGGUUAAGUUGCAGCCCUUUAUAUUAUUUUUGUGAAAACAGAAAAAUCCCAUUUUGUACAUUUUUAUAUGCAGAGAGAAUUCUUCAUAUUUAUUGUCCAUAUAAAAUAUAUUUCUUAAUGUUAUGCAGGGUUGCCCCCUUCUGAUUGAUAAUUGACUUAACGACUGUAUCGCCCAGUCGUUUAGCUCAAUAUACAUGUUGUAUGGAGGUCUAAAGCACAUCUGAAUACAUCAUUUAUACAUAUACAACUACAACAGUGCAAUCAAGUCAACUACUUUUUAUUUUUGCCCUGUUUCUAUGAAACAUAUUGAAGGCAUGGCAAGAUAUGUAUAAGUUAUCUGCUGAGCAUAAUCUUUACAACUGUUCUGUUACUGUUUAUGGCUCGUUAUGAACUACAAUAUCUGUACUUUUAUUUACCCCAUAAUAAUGGGGGAUGGAUUUGAAUUCAAUGAAAGAAAAAUAGGUAUUUAAUGAAUGUAUACAGAAUGGUAAUGGUUCUAGCACAGUAAGGGUAUGGCUGGUUCUGCUGCUGUCCCCUUCACUUAAACUUAAAUACUGGGGAAACCAAGUGGAGUUGCUAGGGUAUACAGUGCAACUGCAUGCUCCACAAAAAAAAGCUCCAAUUAAGAUUUGGCUAUAAGUUACCAGAGGCAUCUUUAUUUCCUCUAUGGAUUCACCUGAGGCCUCAUGGCAGAAAUGUUAUUGUAGCUCAGUUGGUACAAAAAUGCUUAUUCCAUAUUGCUUAAAAUCUGACUGUAUAGUUGUGCUAGGUUAAACAACAUUUCCUAAGAUAUUGCACUAUAAGAGUAACAUAUAUGUGCUGCCAGUCAAAAACAACAGAAACAAGAAAACUCACAGAAGAAGACAACUUACCUUGUAAGCAAUUUGUUCUUCACAGUGGCAAUAAUACGAUUUUUUCGCCUACAAAUUAGCGACAGCAUAAUAAUUACAUAUCAGAUACAAAUAACAUUUUUUUUCUUGAAAAACUUGCCAUUUCCACCAAGAUAUUAAAAUUAAACCAGUGAACCAAAAGGUUUAGCAGUGUUAAAUUAAAAAAAAAAAAAAAUCGAAUGUUUUGUAAAACGUAUAUCCAUUAGGCAGAAUUAAAAAGAUAACACAAGAAAUUAACUUUUAGCAAAGGCCUUUCCUGGGCAUUUAGAGUUCUUUAGAGCAUGGUGGUCUUCACCUUGUUUUCUGAGCUUUUAGAAAAUAUACUUUUGUGAAAAGAUUGUGUAAAAAUGUGGUGUGUUUAAUGAAUCUGAAGACUGUUUUCUUGGGUAUGUCUUUCAGUGUCUGUUGGUUUUAUCAGUCAAUGUGUAUGUUGUCUGUCUUAAGUUAAAACAUUAUUUAUAUCAGAUAACCCACUUGAUUCUUCCUUGAUUAUAUAACUUGUAGCCGCACCUAUUGAUCACUAAAUUUAUUGAAGGGUACUAUAACCCUGUCACUGCCAAAGGUGGUGGCUUUCAGAUUAGUGCUUUACACUUAGACUUCCGUCAGUGAAAGUGUGAAGCAUGUCUGUGCCAUUAUGAUUUAUGUGCUAAAAUUACAUCUGUUAGGAUAGACUUGCUUUAUACAAAUGGAAACUGUAUUUAAUGUAUGAUCGUUGUUAAGAUGGAGUUUGUUACGUUGUAUUUAUUUUUGUAACCUUUAAUCCAAGGGAUAUUUAAACAAUGAAGAAAAUGAUUUCUAUUGAUAAUUUGUGUUAAUUGUGGCGCUGCCCCACAUUACCUCUUGGUACUUCAGUCUAAAGAAAAGUUGUGGGUCAGUAAAGUGAUUUUCAGUGAGAGAACCAACGGUUUGAACCAUUUUCAGCAUAUAAAUACACAAUGUUACAUAUAAAACAGGCAUUCUGGCUAGAGGUACUGCUGAAACAGUUUGGGCUAAAACUAUGUGGAUGAGUCUACAAGGUGCCACUAAAGUGGCCAAAAGUGUUUUGUCUACUUUUUAAGAAACUUUUUAAACUGCAUUCUGAUCCCGCCUAUAUUAAGACAGCAACAUGCUGGUGAACACACUGGCAGGGUCUGAAUGGCCGAGUGAUUGUACUGUUUAGAGACUUUAUUUUACUGACAUUCUGUUAAUUUGCUUUAAUACUUCAAACCUUUACGCACUCUUUAACUGUGGUUUUAUUUACAGAAAGAAAACAACUGGUUUAAUUGAACAUAUUACUAUAAUGUUCAGCAGUUUGAACUGGUCAAGACCUGUACAUAUUAAAUGUAAAGCAUGUGGAUACAAUGAUAUGUGCAUAAGAAUUAUUUCAAGGUUUUGUGCAAUAAAAUAUUUUUGGUAAUAA